AAAAGCGCCAACUCGCGCGGCACUCGGCGAGAGACCGCCAAGUGGCCGCGAGCAAACCACGGCGUUCGUGUCUACGCAGCUUAGAACCACGAUGGCGACGGCAUCGAUCACAGCCGACGACGGCGCGUCGUUCUUUCUCCGGAGGGACCCGCGCACCGCUCAGUGGGCCUUUCCGGGCAACAAGCAGGUGAUAACGCUCCUGCUGGUCGGCUACAUCUACGUCGUUAAGGUGGCCGGCCCGCGGUUCAUGAAGAACCGCAAGCCGUACGACAGCAUCAAGCCACUCAUCGCGUUCUACAACCUCUUCAUGGUGGUGUGCAGUGCCUACUUCGUCUCCGCUUUCGUCUCGACCGCGUACAUACGCAACGGUUACAGUCUGCUGUGCCAGGGUAUCGACUUCGACGCCAGGGACGAGGGCACCAUGGAACUGCUGAACCUCUACUGGUGGUACACGAUGCUCAGGAUACUCGACUUUCUGGACACCCUGUUCUUCGUGCUCCGCAAGAAGGAGUCGCAUAUCUCCUUCCUGCACGUCGUGCAUCACACCAUCGUUGUGUUCAACGGUUGGUUCGGACUCACCUACGGUCCGGAUGGCCAGGCGGCGAUUGUUGUGGUCAUCAACGGCUCCGUGCACGUAGUGAUGUACACGUACUACUUCCUCAGUCUUCUGGGGCCGGAAGUGCAGAAACACCUGUGGUGGAAGCGCUACAUUACGCAGCUGCAACUUGCGCAGUUCGUCGUUCUCUUCGUGCACGCCUUGCUGCCGAUCUUCAUGAACUGCGGAUACCCCAGGUCUCACACGUUCAUCACGAUGUCGCAAGCUGUCUUCUUCUUCGGCCUGUUUACGCACUUUUACGCCAAAAGCUACCAAUCGAAGAAGAUACACCUAGUGGCGAAACAUAGAGCUAACGGCAAGCUACAGUGAAUAGUGAAUGUUGAGGUUUCUUUUUUUUUGUGUGUGUGUGUGUGUGUGAUUGCAUUUUAUUGAACUUUUGUCAGAACUUUCGGUGGUUUUUUUUGCUGGCAGAAAACUGGCGUGUUGCUUCAUCUGCCGUACAUUUGUGGUUGAUACAAUGGCUCUAACCCGCAUCGAAAAUGUCACGUGCAAUCGAGUGUCUAGUUACGAGUGUUGGCUAGUACUAGAUAGAAAAGUACUUUGUGAAGUUUCAUCUGGUGAUGAGAUAUGUCGUUCACUGUCAUAUACGAAAGCAGAAGGUGUGCUUAUAAAUAUCAACACUAGAGAUAUCUAUGUUCCAAAAUGUUUGCGACGUUUUAGCGAGUGAGAUUGUUUAAUUUUAAGAUCAGGUGCGAAAAAAAAAAGCACUCAUGAAAUGAAGAUGUACAAUUUUGACUUAACCAGUCACGGUGUGCGCCUAAAUGUCUAGUCUAGAACAAAGAGAUCGGCAAAAUGAAAGAAAAGGCGCCUGCGUGGUCAUACUAGCCGCAGUAUGUCAAAAUGAUGGAAUUUUGAAACAUUGUGAAGGCACUGGCUGCGCCCUGUGCUUAUCUGUGAUGUUCAACUUCGUCUUGUUAAAAACAUGCAGAAUAAAAUUGGUUCCUAUCUUUGU